UUGUUGAUUGGUUCGUGCGCGACAGCAAGGGGAAGGAUUAGGAAGGAGAAGACGAAGGGGAAAGGAGGAGAGGAGCGAAACCCUAGGGCCAGGCAGGCAUCUCCCUCCCGGGAUCUCGACGCCCAGCAACCGGAAGCCAUCGGCAUGGCUAUGGCGCUGCGCUCUCUCGCCGGGAAGCUCAGGCCGCCGGUGGCAGCCACCCUCCGCCGGGCGCCGGCGUCGAGCUCCUUCCACCCCGAGGAGAAGCUGAGCAGCAUGACAUCUUCUAAGACUAAAACUCCUGUUGAUGACAACUGUUUUGAAUUGCUUGGGGACAAGUAUUUUGAAGAGCGGUCUCGGAUUUUUGCCCAAUUGGUUAAGGAAGAUGCACGGCGCACGGAGGAGCAGAUCGCUGCAUACAAGAAGCUGAAGAGGGCAAUGGUUGCUUCUAGCUUGGGCGCAGCGAUUGGAAUUUUUGCCCUUCUCAUCAGAUAUAACGAGUAGUAUAUCUGAUACUGUUGUCUAGUACUAGUCUCUUGAGUUUUAGAUGAUCACCAGCUGGCCUAGUGCCUUUAUCUAUUUUAGAGCACUCUGUUUAUCUGAUUAUGCAGUUAAUUUUGGUGUUGCACACUGGUACUGCUAUAUCGCUGUCCCAGAAUAUUGGAGGAACUUAAUUAAGAGCCCUCUUUGCUUGUGUAUCAUUGAACAUGGUAAGUAUCCCUGUCAUGUAUUUUCUUCUUCAAGACAAAUUUCAUCCUUUGUAUGCUACUGUCGUUCAUGCGUGCCUAUGCAACAGUUAUGAGCGUGAUUUAUACAA